UGUUGUGAAAAUCCUCUUGGUAUCCUAGCAACACCCUAAGUAUUGCCUCGUGCAUUGUGGACUUGAGCCUUGCGCCUCUUUGGAAGUUGUCUCUUUAUCGGAUCCUACUUUAUUAUUCUGUUUCUUAUUUGUUUAUUUUAUCGCUGCUACAUGGAGUUUGUAAUGUAACCUCACGGGAACGACAGAAAUGAUUAGAGAAAAAAUUGGCCUGACCUGUGACAGACUGUCGCAUCAGCAGCUCGCUUGUUGCCCAUUAUUUUUUGGCAUACCCCAUCAUGGCAAGGACUUACUGGUUUACAAUAUUAUGGACUUGCAACAAAAGCCACUUCUGCUUACAGGCCACCACGGUGAUGUCAGUGCCAUGGCUUUUGGGAAAGUAAUGAGCUCUGUUUUGCUCUGUUCUGCAUCUGCUGAUUAUAUCAUUGUCUGGGAUAUUGAAAAGUGCCAGAAACAAACACAGAAUGAUGAGGUGGCCACUGGAAUGGUUAUUGGAACUUUACUGGGAAAAAUGAUCAAUCUGUCAUUCUGUUUCUGUGAUGAACGCGUGGCUGCAUGCUCAGAAGCAGUUGUAUAUAUUCUUAGCUCGAAGACACAAGAAACACUGUCCGUAUUGACUGGCCACCUUGGGCCUCUAACAGCAGCAGAGUUUUGUCCCUGGAAUGAAAACAUACUCAUCAGUACAUCUGAGGACCGUACUUUUAAAGUUUGGGAUUUAAAAACUGAGACAGUUUUAUACCAGUCAUUUGUUCUUUCAGCGUUCCCACUGCUCAGUGUGUUGUUUUUGGAAUCAGAAAGAUUCUUAAUUGUUGGUUCAGCUGAUGGACAGGUGUUCUGCUAUUCACUCUGUGAAAAUCGCAAGUUCAGUCCAGUAACAAAAAUGGACCUUCAAAAACUGGAAAAGAGAUAUAAAGUACAAAGAAAUGUUAGUAAUCAAGGAGGCAAUGCCAGGCAGCAACACAAAGAGGUUGGUGAAUCUUCAACUGAGGAUAAAGUGGAAACUUCUAAACCUGUUUUGGCUUUAUUUUGCCCUUUGAGAAACAAAACUGCAAAUGAGGAAAUAGACAACAGCUGGUUUUGUAUUGGAAGCUCUGAUGGUCUAUAUGUGGUGAAUCUGGCAACCUCAGAGCUCUUAACAGUGUUGUAUUUCAAAGAAAUUCCCAGCUUGACCAUCCACAUGGCAGGGUCUUGGUCCAUAUCUCCAACAUUUGAAAACUCUGUGCUUGUUUUGGUGAGUUCCUUAUUUACCCCACAUGUGGCCUUGCUGGAAAUGUGCCUUGAUGAUCUAAAGAAGAUUGGGAGCGGAGAUGAAGGCCUCUCUGUGUUUCCAAGCUCUCCUCCGCUGCACGAAUCCUCUCUGAAUGCCGAACUAAAGAUGAAGGGACUCAGCAAUCCCAAAAAGAAAGGAAGUGUACUGGAACAGCCGCUUGUUUUUCACCCAAAAGUGAAGUCAUCAGGAUACACCAGUGCCCCAAGAAGGGUUAUGUUUUCACCAAAAACAAAUCCUCAGAAGAAAUGUUCCCCUAAAAAGAACAAAAAUGAACUGUCUCUCCACACAGAUUACCCAGCAGACGAUGCAGCUCCAACCAUUCCUGGAUCCGAUCUUAGCCUUCUCAACAAUCAAAUCCUCUGUCUUCAAUAUUCAGGUGAUGGAAAACAAAUCCUGUGUGGCCUUGAAGACAAUUCUGUGUUAAUCUACAAAUCCUGUAUGACUGGAAGACCAAAGAUCUAUUUAGGACAUGACAAGCCUGUUCGGAGUGUGAGCUGGAGCCUUGGCAGACAGUGUUGGCUGAGUGCAUCAGAAGAUCUGUCUCUGAGAAUGUGGACUCACUGCAGCUCAGAACCAGCUAUUAUCAUGGGUGACGGUAUGUUUUCCAAACCUAUCAAGGGUGCUCAGUUUUACUACCUUGACAAAUUUGUACUUCUGGCAUCUGGACCUUCUCUGCACUUGUACCUGUACAAUGUGGAUGUCACCUGUGACGACAUUAAAAGGUAUCAACGACGGAGUGUCUUCAAACUGGCAAGCUGCUUAAAGACAUCCUCAACAGAAAUUACAGCCAUGUCUGCAAUCAAUGACUUCCUCUCCUACAUUGUUCUAGUGUGUGGUUCAGAUCGAUCCAUUCAAGUAGUGGACAUGAACAAAGGGGGCGUGGCUUCAACUCUGACAGAUGCCCACAGCAGAAGCAUCCACUGCAUCACACAGAACAAGGGCUCCAGGUUCUGCACACAAACGUCUGAUUCAUACAACCUGUUCCUCACCAGUGCCAUCACUGAUGGUCUGAAGCUUUGGGACCUCCGCACAAUGAGGUGUGUUCGGCGCUAUGACAGUCACGCCAUUUGCUGCCAUCCAUGCUUUUCUGCCAUCUCGCCCUGCGGACGCUUCAUUGCCACUGGCUCUGAGGAUAAAUGUGGAUUCGGCACAGCAAGGACAUUUCAGAGUAUCUCUGCAGAGAUCGAACAUUUCCAAUGCUUCCUGGAAAUUGGGAGAGUAUUUGUGGCUUACAUUUAUGAUAUCCGAAGCAGCAUCCACCUCCACAAGCUUCAGAGACACUCAGACACAGUUUUCAGCGUUGCCUUCAAUCCUGCCAAACCACAGCUGUUGACUGGAACCUUGGAUGGGAAGCUGAGAUUGUUUCAGACCAGCGGCAGGCCAGAUUUGUCCCAUAAUAUCACGGCAGAUUUGCAUGACGUCCCCAACGCGAGCACGUAACUCCAGCUGGCCGCUCCUCAACCCAUGCAGGUCUCGUUAAGUUAACUGACACUCAAAAGACUGGGAUUUUGCUGGAAUUGGAAAAUGUUAAACCAUUUUUGCUGCUAUUUGUUUAAAAAAUAUUUUAGAAAACAGUUGUUGUGUUUCUUUUGUGCUUUUCCAGUUGGAUUCUGCAAACUGCCAAAUAAAAUCCCUUAUGCAUCUCAUUCA